GGCAUUUCGAAGAGAAAAAUAUAUAGGAAGUUGUGGUCGACACUGGCUUGAAGGUUGAAGCUGUACAAUCAGGUCCGGACAACACCAGCAAAGCCGCAGUCAUGAGAACGAAAUGCCUCCUCACUCUCACAUUGUCGAGUACGGCGACAGCGUUGAUCGGGUAUCCAAUUAUGAUGUACAAUCCCAACUGCGCUUUUGCAUGCCGCGACAUCUUCUCCAGUGCAAUACUCAUCUGCUCCGGUCACGACCAUGUCACUGGCGCCCACUCUCACGGCCAAGGCGCAACAUCACCUGAGUGCUAUGCGAGCGAUACGCCCUGGCUGACCACUCUUGCCAACUGUAUCAACAAGACUUGCACAGACGUCGCACCGUGGGAGCUCGAAAAGUAUUGGACUGAAAGAGUGACUGGGAGAUCCAUGGGUGUCACACCAAAGUGGACGUAUCAGGAGACGUUGGUGCAGAUGCAGGGAACCGAGCCGCCGAGCAGACAGCUUGACGAGGGUGAGAUGCUUGAUUUCACGGCGGCGUUUGACGAAGAAACAUGGGAAUCGACGAGGGGCGCGUUGCAGUAUUUUGAGAGUGCGGAGAGGACGCAUUCAAGAUAUGCAAUCGUCCUUCUAGUCGUCAGCUUCGCAACUCCGAUCCUCAUCACCUGCCUCAGCCAUCUCCCGUACAUGACCUCAAUCCUUGACAGACUCAAAUCACGUCUAGUCUGGCCAUCUCUCAUCGGCACCUACCAUGUCCGCACCCUUCCCUCUACCCUCGGCAACGCGCCCACUCUAGGUCAGGCAUGGUACAUCUUCCUUUUCAUCAUCCUCAAUAUCGCUCUCACCGCCGGUGGCUACCAUUCCUUCCAGUACCCCUCAAACGCCUGGUUUCCCGGCGCCUGGCAGGAGAUCAUGGCUUACGUAUCAGCCCGCACAGGCGUCCUUGCCUUUGCUCUCGCACCCCUCGUCAUCCUGUUCUCUGGCCGGAACAAUCUGCUCCUCUGGCUUACGAACUGGAGCCACUCAACCUACAUGUUGUUGCACCGAUGGGUCGCACGAAUCUUCACACUGCAAGUCAUCCUGCACUCGAUCCUAGAAUUCAUGCUGUACAAACGCCAAGGCAGCGUGGAUGCAGAACAGAAGGAACCAUACUGGGUAUGGGGCAUCGCUGCCACCAUUGCAUGCGUGAUCAUGGUUGUUGUGUCCUCAUUGUGGUUCAGAAGAACAAGCUACGAAAUCUUCCUCAUCAUGCACAUCAUCCUCGCCGUCUUCGUACUCGUGGGGAGCUGGUACCACAUCGAGCUACUUUUCAGCCGGCGCUGGGGCUACGAGUUCUGGCUGUACGCGGCGUGCGCAGUGUGGUUCUUCGACCGAGGCGCGCGGGUUGCUCGCGUUCUGAAGAACGGUAUGCGUAAAGCGGAAGUCACUCAGAUUACUCCGGACAUUGUUCGCAUCGACGUCAAAGGCGUUCGAUGGGAUGCUAGACCAGGACGACAUACAUAUGCGUACUUCCCUACACUCAACCCUCUUCGACCAUGGGAAAACCACCCCUUCAGCAUCGUCCCGACUGCGCUCCUCCAGUCGCGCAACCACAGCAUAGCGGCUGGCUCGUCAUGGAGCUCUGAGCACGAAGCCACCGCCGAUCUCGAGAAAUCAGGCACAGCGGCCGCGAUCAGUGCGCGCACACCACACGCCCCAGCACGAGCAGAUACUUCCGGUGUCUCUCUGUACAUCCGCAAAUCCAACGGGCUCACCAAAACGCUCGCGGCUCAUGCAUCGCUACUCACCCUCCUCGACGGCCCAUACCCCAACAACUCCACCGCUGCAGUCCUGCGCACCGACCGCUUAGUCCUAGUAGCAGGUGGCAUAGGCAUCACCGCCAUACUUCCUUUCAUUGCGCACCACGUCAACGUCUCCCUUCACUGGAGCCUCAAGUCAUCGAGUCAAGGAUUAGCUGAUGACCUUGCCGUAGUGUUGGAUGGGCUCAGAGAAAAACAUAUUCGUGUUGGUGAAAGGCUUGAUGUGGAUGCCUUGCUAGAGCGAGAGGAAAGGGAGGGCUGGGGUAGGAUUGGUGUUGUGGUAUGUGGACCUGGAGGGCUGUGUGACGACGUGAGGAGUGUGGUAAGUGUGCGGGCAAGAAAGGGAAGAGCGAGGUGGGAGUUGGAUGUUGAGGCGUUUUCGUGGUAGGGGUACUUGUGUAGGAUCGGGUGGCGUGAAUAUUCAGGACAUGAAUCGAGUGAGCACUGGUAGUGAUUACUUAUUCUGUAAGCUUAGGAUGUUGCAAACAAGUUCUCUGCCCAUGUGCAAGUGAACCGUCUCUC